AUGCCUAAAGAAAUAGAGGAUAAUUUAGCCAGAAUUGAGAGAGAACAUAAAGAUAUGCAAGAAGAAAUGAAGAACAAGUUAGCACAACUUGAGGCUAAUAUCGCAAACUCUCAGCUAGACCUGUUGAACAAGGUGGAAGAAAUGUUUAGGAGACAUUUGAUCACUGGAAAGACCACUGUGGAAGACCCCAUACAUCCUCUGGGUUUCACGCCUGUUCACAUUCCUAAGCACAUCUCUGCUCAUCAAGGAAUCCGAUCACCACCAGGUGAACAUUGUGUUAAUAUUGAGGUCCCUGACCAAAAUGAAUUAGCUGAAAAUGAAGAGAUUAUCCAAAGAAUGAAAGAUAUAGAAGAGAUGGUAAAAUCCAAGGAGAUGGUCAAUGCAUUCUAUGGGAGUGAUGCAAGGGAUCUAAGCUUGGUUCCUGACCUCAUAUUACCCCCAAAGUUCAAAGCACCAGACUUUGAAAAAUACAACGGAAGCACUUGCCCAUCAGCCCACCUCAUCAUGUUCUGCAUGAGAAUGACGGGCUACACUGAAAACGAUAAGCUUCUGAUACAUUGGUGGACGUUGCAAAACAUGGAAAAACGACACAAUGAAACCUUCAGGCAGUACGCCCAAAGAUGGCACGAUGUGGCAUCACAAGUACAACCACCGUUGCUGGAAAAUGAGACUACAAUUAUCUUUGUGAAUACCUUGAAGGAUCCAUAUCUGGGGCAUCUGGUAGGAAAUGCUACCAAGAACUUUGCCGACCUGUUCAUUUCCAGGGAAUUAAUCGAGAAUGCCAUUAGGAAUGGCAAGAUAAGAGGCUCUGACAGUACCGACGUUAAGAAAGGAGCUGAUGUCAAUACAGUGCAUGGACAUUCAAAGGAUGAUAGGGCAUUCUGA